CUUUGUCUCAAAAAAAAAAAAAAAUUGAGCAGAAGCCAGAGAAGGGCAAGAUUAACCCUAGUGAGGAUAGAGAAGAGAGUCUCAUAUAUGGGGACUUAGGGAAAGUGUCACAAAGUAGAUGGCAGUGGAGCAGAAGGAAGGAUAGGUUGCCAGGAGGAGACAGGCAUUCCAGGCACAGGUGACAUCCUCUAAAAACUGGGAGGCCGGCAAAGCACCUGUGUGGGGAAGGAGGCCUGGAGGAUGAGACCAGGCACAACACCUCCAGGGUGCUUAGUAGGUACCAAGCACUGUCUCAAGUGCUUUUAUUCAUAGAAACUCAUCCAGCCCUUACAGCAGUCCUCUAAGGCUCCAGGGAGCAGUGUCAGGGCCAGGGAGACGAUGGUCUCCGUGACUAUGGCCACUUCCGAGUGGAUCCAGUUCUUCAAGGAAGCCGGCAUUCCUCCAGGACCUGCCGUCAAUUAUGCCGUGAUGUUUGUGGAUAAUAGGAUUCAGAAGAGCAUGCUGUUGGAUCUCAAUAAGGAGAUCAUGAAUGAGCUGGGCGUGACCGUGGUGGGCGACAUCAUCGCCAUUCUCAAGCAUGCCAAAGUGGUGCACCGUCAGGACAUGUGCAAAGCUGCCACUGAGUCAGUGCCCUGCAGCCCUAGCCCCCUUGCAGGCGAAAUUCGCCGUGGCACUAGUGCUGCCUCCCGAAUGAUCACCAACAGCCUGAACCAUGACUCCCCACCCAGCACACCCCCCAGGCGCCCGGACACCAGCACCUCCAAGAUCUCGGUCACUGUGUCCAACAAGAUGGCAGCAAAGAGUGCCAAGGCCACUGCAGCCCUGGCCCGCCGGGAGGAGGAGAGCCUGGCUGUUCCUGCCAAGCGGCGCCGGGUCACUGCUGAGAUGGAGGGGAAGUACGUCAUCAACAUGCCCAAAGGCACCACACCCCGCACCCGCAAGAUCCUGGAGCAGCAGCAGGCUGCAAAAGGUCUCCAUAGGACGUCUGUGUUUGACCGCCUCGGCGCUGAGACCAAGGCAGACACCACGACAGGGAGUAAACCCACAGGAGUCUUCAGCCGCCUGGGGGCCACCCCAGAAACAGAUGAGGAUCUGGCUUGGGACAGCGACAAUGACAGCAGCAGCUCUGUCUUGCAGUAUGCCGGGGUCCUGAAGAAGCUAGGGCGGGGCCCAGCCAAGGCCAGUCCCCAGCCAGCACUGACUGUCAAAGCCAAGGCCACAAGCUCAGCGACAACGGCCGCUGCCCCAACACUGCGGCGCCUGGCACUUUCCUCACGGUCGGGGCUUGAGAGGAAGCCGGAGUCCUUGUCUAAAGUCAGCAUCAUCAAGAGACUGGGCACAGCUGCCCUUGUGCCUGAGGCCCAGGACAGCCAGGUCACCAGCACCAAGAGUAAGUCCUCAGCCGAGGUCAAGGUCACCAUUAAGAGGACUCUGGUGGGGCCCCGGGGGAGCAGCUCCAGCGAGGGCCUUGGUGCCCAGAUGGACCACGCAGGCACUGUGAGCGUGUUCAAAAGACUGGGCCGCAGGACCUUCUAGCCCACCUGUGGGCGGGGUGCAGGCAGCAGAGCCUGCAGGCAUCUGCCCUGGCCGCCCCAGGCUCCUGGCUUCAUCACGCCUCCCACCAGCUCCUGGAUGACACAGCUUGUCUCCCUCGGGCUCUAGAGCUAGGCCCGAGCAUUCGGGGGAUCACCCCAUUUCUCCUAGCCUGGGAUGGUCGUCGCAGCUGGCCCGGCCCGCUCCAGGACUCCCCUUCUCUCAUGUCCUCUGUGUUUUCUUCUCUGGCUGUGGCCUUGGCAGUACCCACUUUUCUACCUCUCCCAAGUGCCAGGGGGCCUCUUCCUCUCCUACAUUCCCCUUCCUCCCCUGAGCAGGGUCUGCUGCCUCAGACCCCAGCUCAUCAGCCUCCCUGUCCCCCUCAACUGAGUGGGUGUCACCUGGUGGGCCUCCCUUCGCCCACUCCCCACUGACCUCCCUCACUCCUCUGCGCCUCCCCCAACUGCUGUGACUUCUCUCUCUCCCUGUCUUCACUUUGUUCAUUUCUCUUCUGUUUUCUGUCCCCGUGGCAAGGCCCGACUGUCCGCUGCGUCCUGCCCGACCCUCCUGUACCUCCGGCCUCCCAGCGGCCCCCUCGUCGGCGGUGGCGUCGAGCCUGUUGAGACUGUUAGCCGCCCUCCACUCCCAGGCUGGAGGGACCUCUCCAGACCCUGGGCUGCGGCCGAGGCACAUCCGUUUUCCUGCCCUGGGCGUCUUUGUCUCUGAAAGUCUAUGGCGGGUGGUGGGCAAGGGGCACUGGGAAGGGAGGCCAGUGCCUACAGUGAAGACAGCUGCUGUUUUAAUAUAUUUUUGUGACUUUCAAA